AUGCUGUGCAUAUUUGAUCCAUUGAAAGCGGCUUUCCCUCAGGGCUUGAACCUGCCUUAUCAGGGACUGGUUGGUUCGUCGCCUGUUCCCCAGACGACAGCACAGCCUUCGGAUUCCGGAACGUCCGUGACGAGUGGUUCUCAUUGUCAGGCAUGGACUCGUGCAGUCAAGGCAAAACGAGGGCCUAGGGCCGCGGAUCGUCGCGAAGAGGCGUAUCGCCGGGUCCUCACUUUGCUGCAUGCUUUCUCGAGUUUCUUCGAUUUGUGUACCUUGAUGGCUGAUGACGAGGAGGACGGCCAGGAUUCUGUUCAGGCAGUUUUGGCAGGGAAAUCCCCGAAUACCAUUUUGAAACAUGUGGGUCCGGUUCGUACCUUUUGUGAGUGGCUUUUGAAAGCCAGCUACGCUCCGCCUUUUGCGGAGAAAACUUUAUGGUCUUUCAUCCAUUGUGUCCUCAAGAUGCCCAAGACUGCGGCUACCACACUGGACAGUAGUCUGCGUGCUAUCAAGUGGAGCUAUUAUACAUUGGGACUACGUGUCCAACUAGAGGUUUUCAGCAGCCCUCGAAUUCAUGGUGUGGUGAAGAAGGCGUUACAGACUAAAAACCCUUGGUGCCCGGCGACGCCCUUCAAAGUAUCAGAAGUUCUCCAAUUGCACGCUAUCUGUUGUGAUCCCUCUAUUUCUGUCAUUGAUAGAUGCGGAGCGGCGCAUUUCCUUGCUAUGCUCUAUGCGAGGGCAAGAGCAUCGGACAUCCGGUGCGUCAAAAGUAUCUUGAUAGAUGUGCACAACGAGGACUGGAGCUCGGGUUUCAUUGAGUUAGGGACGCUCGAGCACAAGACGUCUCGGCUGGACACCCAGCGACGUCGUAUAUUGCCUCUGGUGAUUCCUGGCCAGGGUAUUGCCAAAACACCUUUUGGUCAGCUCCUCCUGGACAUUAGGGCUGAGGCCGGUUUGCCGAAUGAUCAGGCGGAUGUGCCAUUUUUGCCGGCGCCUCUGCCGGAUGGGUCUUGGUCCUCUGACCCACUGUCUAGCAGCGAAAUUACCAGGGGGCUGAGGUAUUUACUGCCACGUCCAUCGUCGGAACAGGCUGUGAGUUCGCACUCGCUGAAGGUUACUUCACUUGUUUGGUGUAGCAAAUUCGGGAUGCUUCGCGAGACCAAGCGAGUUCUAGGCCAUCACGCGGACGCUGCGACUGGCAGCGAUGCAGUUUAUGGACGCGAGUUGCAGAGUGCGGCACUGCGUGAGUAUGUUGUCGUGCUGGAUGCAAUCGCGACGGGCAAGUUCCUGCCGGACCAGACCCGUUCAGGUCAUUUCGCAUCAGGUUGGACUCGGGAAUCUGUCCUGCAGGCGGCUGCUUUCCCACAGGACUCGGAAGUCCUACAGGCGGCUGUGGAGGAUGACCAGGAUGAUGCAUUGGCUGUAGUCUCUGAUGUUUCGGACUCCGAUGAAGAGGCCCCGGAGGAACAAUCUUUCUGGGCUCACCCGACGAGCCAGGUUCUGCAUCGCACGACUUUGGGGUCGCCAAUGUUCUUGUGCGGUGUUUUAGCCAUGACGAGUUCCGUAGAUUCUGCGCCUUUCUUUGUGCAGCGAGCGGAUGAAAUCUCGCUUGCUAAGCGAGUCGUGGAUGCCCUGAAAGGUAAAGGGGUCACCACUUUGGCCCAGUUGGCUUUCUGUGUCGGACAACCGGGACAGGUGCUCUCUCAGACUGAGUUUGACACGUGGAGCGAGGCCAUGUUGGUAGGCAUCACGGUGGGCGAGAAGGCGUCUCUGAGGCGCUUGAUACUGGAAGCUCAGACCAUGCUGGUGGCUUCCUUGAAGGAUUUAGCAGAACCUGCGGAACACGCUUCCCCUAAAAAGGUGGGGGUCGCCGAGCGUAAUGCUCGCAUGGAUCAGCUUCGGACUCAGCUCGCAGGAGUUUCGCUCACUGGACAGCUUGAGCCGAGUCAUGCUUUGCUUGACAUGGCAGUUCAGCAGUGGGAGAGUCGGUGCUUGAAGUACAUCGGUCCAGAGAAGUGCCAUAGUCGUGAGGAUGAGGUUCAGAACACCAAGCCCUUAACCACCAGCCUGUCCUUGGAAGGCGGUAAGUUGAAGGUUACGGAGGCUGCUGGUAUGGACGAUCGUGAUAUUGAGGGCUCUUUGCAGGUCCUUAAUGCCCUGCGUCGCAGGGGAGUGGCUUAUGCAUUUGCUCGCUUGAUCAGUUGGGAGAAGCAUGAGGCUUACAUCGCUUCUUUGUUCAGGUAUCUGACCAAACCCGCUCAGCCUGGUUACAGGAAGGUGUCCCUUCGUCAGAUUCUGCGAGCUGACAAGCUUGCCUUUUCCAAGUUGUCGGAGGCAGGUGAAGACAUACGGGCAGACGCCUCAGGUACUCUCCCACUUGAUGCAGCGAUCGGGGCUAUUCUUCAUGAUUACGACCUCAUUGUAGCCCUUCUGCCUAUGGGCGACUUGGACGGUAAGGGCAAGAAUGCUACUGGCCGCGGCGGUCGCCCUGGCCCUUACGGCGAUACUGCGCCCUGGAAGGGGAAGAAUGGCAAAGGUAAAGGUGAUUGGAACCUCAAAGGCUCUGAUCAUUGGACAGGGAAAGGCAAGAACACCUGGCAAUCUAAGGGCAAGUCGCCCAAGGGAAAAGGCUCAGGGGCUGGCAAGCCGGAAUGGUUACCUGAGGGACUUCGUUUCCAGGGAGCCUCUGCAUGGAAUCAUAAAGGCAACAAGGUCUGUUACGGCUUCAACCUUGGGACUUGUUCGGAUGCAAACUGCCAGAAGGGCGAUCAUACUUGCUGCAUCUUCAAAUGUGGUGGUGACCACCCGGUGGGUAAGUGCCCUUUGAAGCCCAAGAAGCUGUGA